AAAAAUGAAAUGAAAUAUAAAAUUAAAUUAAAUUGUUAAUUGGACAUUAAUCUCUUUUUGGGCUGGACUUUUUGCAGUACAGUUUCAUCGGAUUGCAGAUCUGCUUUUGCUACAUCAACAUCAUCAUAUUCUUCAUAGCUCAGGUACUCGUAUAUAUUUUAUUUUUUACCUUCAAAUGCCUAAUAACAGUAAAGCCAAUAUGCCUAACAUGGCUGAUGAGGAACAAUCACCUUUGUCCUCGCUAAUUCAAACACUUUCAACGAUUCUUCGCAACCUACAUAGUAUAAAGCAACGAACUGCUUGUGAAAAAGUCGACAGUGAUACGCAUGUUGAUUCCUACUUUCAACAUAUUUGCGACGUUCAGAACAAUAUUGAAGCUCUUUCUCCGUCAGACAAAUCAAGAGCAGAAGUUGAAGAAACAACAAAAUCUGAAAUACUUUCGUUAAUCAACCCCAGAAACCGCGUUUCUGAGUUGAACACUAGCAUAUUCAACGCAACGGCAUUUGGAAAUGCUAGUCAUCAUAAUCGAUUGCCGUCACUCAAAUUGCCAAAAUUUGACCGCAAAUAUGUGGAAUAUAAACGCUUUUUCCGUACCUUUUGCAACAUAGUGCACGAUGACCCAACAAUGCCAAAGGUAACCGAAGAAAAUUACCUGAAGGCUUUACAACGGCUGAAAGAACGAUACGACAACAACGUAAUGAUUUUUCAAGAUCACAUUAUAUCGCUUUUCAAUAAUCCAUUUAUGAAAAGAUCUGACGCAGUAAGUCUACGUAAUAUCAUUGACAAUGUUGCAGCGCUGCGAGGUUCGUUACUCUCGUCGGGCUCAGAAGGCGAUAUAAUGAAUUCAGUGCUAAUUCAUAUCGCCUUAACUAAAAUUGAUUAUGAUUCAAAAUCGGCACACAAUCAAAAGCAAGAGUUUGACUGCUUGCCAUCAUGGGAUGAUUGCUACAAGUGGUUAAAUCGGCACUGUCAGUAUUUAGAAACAUGUUCAAACGGGGAAAACUCAAAGGUAACACAGCAAGAUUGUAAGCUAGUAGUUAUCAGCUAAAAUACAUUUUGAUUGGGUGAAGCAAACAAGCAAUUGCAUCAAUUGCCUACGCAAAGGACAUACAUUAUCUAAAUGCCCAUCGAAAUCUCGUUGCCGUAUAUGUCAUCAAUCGCACCACUCUCAUCUACAUUUCUCCACCGUUGGAGCUACAAAUUAUCCAUUUGUACAAAAGUUAGAACCUAAAGAGAAAGACCAAACACCUGUGCCGUUUACUUCGUCGAGUCCAUCGCAUCAUUCACCAACCAAUCCAUCAGUUUCACUUAUCGCAUGCACAGGCAAAAGAGCGAUAAUACCAACAGCCUUAAUUUACAUACAGGACAAAUUUGGAGUGAUGCAGCCAGCUCGUGCAUUAUUGGAUUCAUGUUCCGAAUUCAAUUUCAUAACCGAGGAAACAGCAAAGCGGUUGCAGCUUAAAAGGUUUUUCUCACAUCAGGAAAUUUCAGGAAGACGCGGAAUACCUCAACGCAUUUACUGCGACAACGCC